AUAUUAAGUUCUGUCAAGUCAACCAAAACACACGUUUUUAACGCUUUCCAAUCAGAGUUUCAUAUUAAGAUGGACAAGGAUUCUUGCCAAAAUUUCUCAUUUGACUCUACGUCCAGUUCACAAUUUGCUCUUCCUCCGGUCUGCAAUCCCAAAAGAAAGAAACCGGAAAAGGCUGAGGCUGAAAAGUGCGGCGAGGAAACCUCUCCACACUGCUCCAAUGUAAUCACUUCGUCAUCCACGUCCUCAACGACCACCAUAUCCGUAGGCGCCUUCGAUUCGCAAUGCAAGCUCCAUAGGGCACCGGUUCCCGAGGCCCCGAAUAUUGGCUAUGAAUUGAAUGUGGCCAAGUCCAUAUUGCAGAAGUACAGCACUCUCAGUGGCGACAACUUAUUUGAUCACUUGAGUGAUAUCAUAAAAAGAGUAAUAGACGAGCGUCCCCCCAACGUGAUAGAUUUCUUCGAGGAAUUUAGCCGGAAUGUGCGCGAACAAAAGUUCCAUUUGCCAGAACGUUUUCCUCCGAGCGGUGUUUUCGAUGAAGUUCGCACCUUCCGGGUGGCCAAGCGAAUUCUCCAAUCCAUGAAGCUGCCCUAUAAUAUCGAAGGCGAGGAUUUGUUGGGCGAGGACAUGUCCGGCGAAGAUGCAAGGACAAAUGAAGAGUUUCGCCUGGUGAUUGACGAUUCCAUGCGCUACUUUGUGACUUUCAACGAACGAGUCCAGCAACUGCAGUUCUAUUGGACACAGUGUGGAUUUAGCAUCUGCAACGAUGACAUAUUUCAGUUGGCCAGUGCCAUGAACCGUCUGCAGACCCAUCCCUCGAUAAUGCAGUGCAGGUUUUGGGGCUGCAUCAAUGGACUGAAGGCCUCCUACUACAUAGUUGAGGCCUCACUGACCCGCGAGGAAGUGGCCUCCCGACUGGUCAUGAUGGAGGAGGAGUUGAGGGAGAAACAGACGCCCUUUAAGAUGCGAAAGGGCAGGGAGGAUAGGCCCUUGCCGGCGCACAUUGGUCCGGAAUUGACGCCGGGCAUGUAUGGUUGGGAGGACUAUCCGUCCGAGGAGCUGGAGAAAAUGAGACCCAAGGCGGCACCCGUUCCGUUGGUUGAGGAAAUAGAGCACUACGACAUUCCACCGGAGUUAAUUGGCCAGGGAUGCAAUAGGUACUCCUACUUCGUGGUGAAUUCCCUGUUCGACGAUUGGACCGAGUUGCCCAUUGUGACGCCACGGCAGAUCGUUGUGUCCCGGCACAUCAAGAAGUUCCUAACCGGCGAUCUGGAGGCGGAUGUCAUUUCCUAUCCCUGCUUUCCGGGCAAAGAGAAGCACUACCUUCGGGCCUUGAUAGGUCGCAUCACUGCCAGCACUUAUAUAGCGCCUGUGGGCUACUACAGGCGGAUGACCAAGAGGGAGAAGCGCAUGUUCGAUGGCGAGGUGGACGAUGAGGACGAGGAGGAGGAGGAGGCGGAAGAAGAGGAGGAGGAGGUCAACGAAGGCGAGGAGGAGCAAAUGGAAGAUAACGACGUAAUGCUGUUGAAGAAUGAGAAGUACGAAGCAGAACCUCUGGGAUCUCUGGCCACUCCAGUGGCUUGGGUUCAUGUUAGAUCGAACAUCCUCAAUAUCCAGGGUCGAGUGGUUUGGUACGACGAGUUGAAGGCCCAGAAGGAGAGGGAAAAGGCCCUGGCUCUCUACUUGAAAAUGCAAAUGAUGGCCGAGAUGGAGGAAGAGCAGGAGGAGGAGGAGGACGAGGAGGAGGAGGAGGAGGGCGAGGAUGAGGGCGAAGAGGAGGGCAUGAUCGAGGGCUUCAAUCAACCCGAAGUGGGUCCCAGUAUUCUGUCCUCCUGUGCCAAUGACAUGAACGCCGAAGUUCCGGUCCCGUGGUUGGUCCGCUUGACCAGCAAGUACACCAACCAGAAGGAGCGAAUGCUCCUCAUGCAAUCCAACAUCUGGCCUGGUGCCUUCACCUUUGUCUUCGAGAAGACCUGCGAGUCCAUAUACUUGGGCUGGGGCCACAAGUACUACGCCCGCAACAUUCCCUUCAAGCAUUUGCCCACGGUGCAGGAGGAGUAUCCCCACGAUGCCGAGGACUUUAUCGAGGCCAGUGAUCCAACUGUGGAGGAGGAGGAAGCCUACAAGGCCUGGCUGCUGAGGAAACAGCAAAAGGAUGCCUAUGCCGCAGAGGAUGUCGAAGAUUACGAUGAUGAAGAGUUCGGCGAUCAAUAUGACGAUGAAUAGUAUUAUAACCUGUUAAAUCUAAGUUUAAUUUUUACUUUCGGUUUAUGCAAUUAAAUGUCUUAGCAAUCUAACAAA